GGCUGCUGGACGCGCUGCUGGCGGCGCAGGACGACAGCGAGCGGCGGUCCUACAGCGGCCCGGUGGCUGGCAAGAUCCCAUUCCGGAAGUGGAUGCACCAGUCCGGGCAGUUCCUGCCAACCUGUGCCCCCCAACAGGUGUGCAGCACGGUCUACCCGCGUCUGCAGCGCACCUGGCCGCAGUGCGUGUGUCCGCGCGGCUCUCCACGCUGCAGUCCGAUCACGCUCACCACCGACAACCACUCGGUGCAGCUGGUCACCGACGCCUCGCUGGGGGCGCUGACCUCUGUGAAGACGUGCGAGACUAACCAGGAUAUCCGGGAGUGUGACGACAAGGACUGGGCGCUGCUCGCUGUGCAGAGCACCCGCUCAGGGAAAGCCAACUAUCUGGUGAUAUGCCGCUGUCCGCCGGAUGGAUCUCUCGAGGGGCCACUGCAGCAUAACGUCCCGAAGUACGCGCACGUACCCACCAUCCGCAUAUACGGCAUGCUGUGCCGGCGGCAGCACCACUACCACCACCGUUACCGGCGCCACGCGCGGACAGCGGCGCGCGUGCCGCGGCACUCACCAUCCAUGGCCGGCCGGCCGCCGCUCUGA